AUUUCUCACAAAAAUGAAGUGGAAAAAAUAACAAACAUCGCGCAAGUUCACGCCACUAUGACAUAUUUAAUAUACCGAAUAGGAUGUAUACUUUAUUUUGAUGGAAAUUAAAGCCGUGCCGCUUAUACGAAGUUAACAGAUUAUUACGCGCGGUAUUAUAUUCGGCCUGAUUGUUCGACGUGUCUUCAAUGAGUACACAAUCUCGGUUCUGUAACGUUGAAUAUAUUUUUCGUACUUAGUGAGUUUAACCAAGAAAUAUGACGUCCAUGCAGGGAAAAAUGCGAGGACCAGGGCGACCACCUAAAUCAAAGAAUUCUUGUACAUGGUGCGGAGAAACCAAACAACCAUUGAAAUACGUGUUACCUACUCAACAUGGAAAAAAAGAGUUUUGUUCGGAAACUUGUUUAUCUGAAUUUCGCAAGGCAUACAUGCGUGGUGCAUGCAUUCAGUGCGACAAUGUUAUCAGAGACAGUCCUGUGAGGUUAGAACAGAGAGAUGGCCCAGCUAAGGACUUUUGCUCAUCUUUCUGUUUGAAUAAGCAUCAAAAAGACGCCCAAGUUGACUCAAAGAAAAAUAAUGGUGAGCAUCCAUCACCAGCAGCAUCACCAGCUCCAUCUGGUCUAUCUGGUGGUAGUAAUGCUCCAUUAACGACUCAGUCUUAUAAUAAUAUAAACAAUCAAUCAACGGUAUCUCAUCCUCCGUCAACAUCAACAGGGCCAUUCCAAUAUAAAAUGUAUCAAACUUUUGACUGGGAUUCCUACUUAAAAGAAACAAACAGUUCUGCUGCUUCGGUUGAAUGUUUCAAACAGCAUGAAAUUCCUCCAACAAAUGAAUUUAAAGUAGGAAUGAAAUUGGAGGCACUGGAUCCUCGGAAUAUCACAUCAACUUGCAUAGCAACUGUGGUUGACAUUCUAGGUCCACGACUUAGAUUACGUCUUGAUGGUUCUGAUAAUAAAAAUGAUUUUUGGAGAUUGGUAGAUAGUAAUGAAAUUCAUCCUGUAGGCCACUGUGAGAAAUCUGGUGGCAUGCUGCAGCCACCGCUAGGGUUCCGCAUGAAUGCUUCCAGUUGGCCUAUGUUUCUUGUAAAAACUCUAAAUGGUGCCGAAAUGGCUUUAUCAAAAGUAUUUAAGCGAGAACCAAAAACACCACGUUCUAAUUUUUUUGAAGUGGGUCAUAAACUGGAGGCAAUCGAUAGGAAGAAUCCUCAAUUAAUAUGUACUGCAACAGUUGGUGCUGUCGAAGAUGACAUGAUAUAUAUUACAUUCGAUGGAUGGCGUGGGGCUUUUGGUUAUUGGUGUCGAUACGACUCCAGGGAUAUCUUUCCUGCGGGAUGGUGUUUUAAAAGUGGCCAUCCGUUACAACUACCAAAACAAAAGUCAACAGGGCCAAAUAGGUUUAAAUCAAGAACGAGUAACGUUCUUCCUGUUAUGGCCAUGUCAGGUGCUGGAACUGGAGGAGAACCCGCAAUAGCAUUAAUUAGUCCAGCUGGAUCUAGUGCACCGCCACAGCCAGCAACUGAACCAGAUACAAGUACAGCUAAUAAUAAACCCCGUUCACUAGAAAAUGUUUGCUUGUAUGUAAAUCACAGUUGUUCCUGUGGUCCUUACUUUGACCCUCGUAAAGUCAAGGCAAUGCCUGCACAAUUUGGUAGUGGUUCAAUGCUGAGUGUUACGAGAGAUAUUUUUCAAGCUCUAUUGAUGGCAGCGACGAGUCCUAGACAAAUGCUAAGUUUGUUGAAACGUGGUGAAGGAGAAUGCAUAAAUCUUACUUUGGAGAGCAAACCAACGUCUGUGCGAUUGCCAGUAUUUUUGGAAGUGGAAGAUUUUUAUACCUACAUAAGGAGACAGCUCGAAGAUUUGUGCGCUUGCGAUCGAAUGUUAUCACAAAGCAAGGAAGCGUGUAGCAAGUGUCUCACUUCGCAACAACCGCAGUCCACUAAAGAAGACACAGACAAUUCCACGGUGGCGGAAAAAAGGCGAUGGUCGACAGAAAAUCAACAGAAUCCUACCACAACGGCGUCUAGUAUGCAACAACCACGAACAGCUAGUCCUACGCCAACGACAAUGGAACCUGCAGCAUCCCCUACUGCUGCGAAGCAACCACGAAAAUCUAUUCCUGAGCUAGAGGCAGCGACGUCAACAACUCAGUCCGAGAGUCCGGCAAACCGAAUUUCGUCCACUGAGCCAGCAGAGUGGACAAUUGAGGAUGUGAUUCAGUACAUUGCAAUUACUGAUCCUGCCCUUGGUCAACAUGCAGACCUGUUUAGGAAACACGAAAUCGACGGAAAGGCACUGUUACUCCUCAACUCUGACAUGAUGAUGAAGUAUAUGGGAUUGAAGUUGGGGCCGGCUCUAAAAAUUUGCAAUCUCGUAAACCGAAUCAAAGGUAGGAGACAUCUAAUGCUGUGACCUUUUCAAAAUUCUAAAUCUGUGUAAAGUAAUGAAAAGGAAUCCAAUGUAAUUGAGAUUAGGUAUUCAAUCGUUAAUGUAUUUGAUACAAGAGAGUAGUAGAAGUCGUUAAUACAAUUGUGAUCUUAACGAUGCUUUAUUGAAAUUUAAUUAGCCCUUAAUCAUUAUUGCUUUUCUCAUUUUCCAAGAGAAAUGGUAUAUGUAAUUAAAGAGAGUAAUUAUGUGAUACAAGACAGAGAUUGGCCAUACUUCUCUGUUUAUGAAUUUAGUUUAUUUUCCGCGUUCAUAUACUAAUUUAGAAGUACAGUUUUUAUACCAAUUUGAUUAUUCUAAGUAUUAACGUUGCAUGUCAUAAAUACAUAUUGAUCGAGAGACGUCUGGCUACUACGAAUGCGAUCAUUAUUCGUGCAGUGUGAUUAAAUGAUUGAGCGUUAUAGAGUGUACAUUGUAUGUACAUUCGGUAAUAGAGCAAGUGAUUUAUAUGACCGUAAUUUCGAAAAUAUGUUUAAUGUUACAUUUUGGAAGUUAGUGCAUUAAAGUCUUGUCGACAAAAAAAUGACUACCAUAUUUUAUGGUAGAUUGUCUAGAAAACAUAUUGGAAGACUUCUGGAGUUCUUCUAAAUAACAAUUCCGCUCGCAAUAAGACUGUUAACAUCUUCCGAACAUUUGUACAUACCCAAGACAACUAGAUUGUUUAAGUGCUAUUUGUUAUUAUGCAUGGACAUUCAGCUUUCAGGAACUCACAGUCAGUUGCUUUGUUUCCUUAAAAAUAUUUUUUCUUACCGUGUAUUUGUUAUUUUCACAAUCUGCAACAAGAAAUACUCUCAUUCUAUGCAAUGAUCUUAAUAAAUUAUAAUUACCGGAUCAGUGGCAAUUCAAUGUCUAGACUUAACGAGUUAAUAAUUAGUUCUUUUCUUUUUAGAAGUAUCUCAUUUCAAUGACACUUUAAAGCAAGUGACCGUGAGUAACUUUUUAUCCAUUACUCUCACCGAGUAACAAGCAUCCAUACUUUGGCACAUACUCUGACAUUUACAAGACUUCUAUUGAUAUUCUGUACUAUAGUACGUAUGCUGCUUGUCUGCUGCACAUCCUAGUCUCUGUACCGCAGUCAAGAGGCAUUUGUACAUUUGAGGUUAGAUGUGGUUAGGUGAGGUGCCCAAAUCCUGUUCCGUCACUAUCAUGUUUACAAAUUGUAAAUAGUUAGGUUAAAACGUGUAGAGUCUAGACUGUCACUUUACUGAAUAUUUUAUUCCUAUAAUUUUGUGAUAGUGUUACUCAAUAUAUAUAUAUAUACACACACACACACAAAUACACACAUCAUAUAUACAUAUGUACAUCAGCUACGCAAUGCAUAUUUUUAUGAAAAUAUCCCUUGAAUGGUAGCUCUUGCUGUAGCGUGCAACGAGGAUUGAGCAGGAAUCAACCGAUAUAAUUGUUUAUUUGUGAUUUUGUUUUAAAAUGUAUAAUGUAGUAAGAUGGAGCGAGUGCCAAAAGCACGGAUUAAUUUGGAUAGUUUGCAAAACUGUCGGUAAAAUUUGUUAAAAAUUAAAUAAAUUCCUUUCGAUGUGACCUUAUGUAGUCUUGAAUGCGUCUGCUACCCUUUCUUAAUUAUUUUUCAAAUUGAGAAAGGUGUUACUUUGGGGGAAGAAAGUAGACGAUAGAAGUAGCCUUGAAUGAACUUUGCCAUUAAAUCAGUGCAUAAUUUCUCAUCCUCAGUUAAUGUACUUCUACCAAAGUAUACUUUGAAUAUUCAUAUUUUACUCUUUAAUUUGUACAAGUAUUUUUUAUUGCGUGUCAUAUUUACCGUUUAUAAAAUAAUGUAAAUGUGAUUCACAAAACCGUUAAGGUCCCGUUUGAUGAAUUAUUAAACUGUCGUUGCCAGUUUUACUUGUAAUUGCAAUGAUGUUACCGGCUGUUGGAUCGCAAACAACAUUUAUAUUUAUCUUUUAUAAGAAUUUUUAAGAAAUUCAAAAAUUUCUGUUAGUAACAUUUGUGAUUAGAAUAAGAAACACAUGUUACGGUAGAUGGAAUA